CAAAAGCUGCAGGGCCAAAGCUGGGAGGUCAGUCCCUUGCUGCAGCUGUAGGAGUGUGGCUGGCUGAUAGAGUGAAAGAGCAGUACUGCCAGAAGCCAGGGAGAGUGAGCUGGUUGCUGGGACUCCAUUAGGGCAAGGUGCUGAGUUAAGGGCUGGCCUUCCACAGGAUCUUCACUGUUACUUCAUUUUGGACCUACUUCCUCCAUGCCCCACUGCACUGAAGUUGGCAUCCAAAGGCUCCUGGCUGCCUGUAUGCAUCAUGCAGAAGUUGAAGAGACAGCCAAGAUAAUCGCAUUUGAUGAGCUAAGGACAGACUUCAAGAGCCCAAUAGACCAGUGCAAUCCAGUUCAUGCACGAGAGAGACUAAGAAACAUUGAGCGCAUCUGCUUUCUUCUGCGAAAGCUGGUGCUGCCUGAGUAUUCUAUCCAUAGCCUUUUCUGCAUCAUGUUCUUGUGUGCUCAGGAAUGGCUAACCCUAGGGCUGAAUGUUCCUCUGGUUUUCUAUCACUUUUGGAGGUAUUUCCAUUGCCCAGCGGAUAGUUCAGAGCUUGCAUAUGAUCCACCUGCAGUCAUGAAUGCAGACACCUUGAGUUACUGUCAAAAAGAAGCAUGGUGUAAACUAGCUUUCUAUCUCCUUUCCUUCUUCUACUAUCUUUACUGCAUGAUCUACACUUUCGUGAGCUCUUAACUCAGAAAUCCUCAAUGAAGACUGGGAACAACAAAGGAUGGAGAGCAAGGACAAGUCAGCCUAAAGUGACGCUUGGUAAAAAGAAUAGCAAAGAGAGGAAAGCUUUGAACCCAAGCAGUAAUACAGUAUAUGAAAGACAUAUGCAGUAAGAAUAAUGGCCCGCUGCGGAUCUGGAGUACCAUGGAGACUAGGCUGAGUAAACUAUGCUUAUCUUUUGUUUCUCUGUGUAUCCCAGUCUUUGGCUUUAAAAAAAAAAAGGCAAAAAAUUAUCACAUGUGGAGGCAAAGUCAAAGAACUAUCUGCAUCUGAUGGGAAAUGCGGCUUAGUGAAAUUGGUUCAUCACAAACUGCUAUUUCACAAGGAGCAAAGCUUCUCAAUUACUAUUUUGUACUGAAGAGUGAAGGGGGAGGAUCACCAUCCAUGGGAGUGGUGGCUAAGGAUGCUGCUAAUACACCUGUUAAAUACACAGCAUUCUGAGCAUGAACACUCAUCGGAAUCAAGGUGGGAUUCAUGUCAGUUAUCCAAGGAUGUUCAUCUGACUCCAGGGAAAAAGAGUUAUUGUAUCUUGACAAUUAAGUGAUUUUUAAUGCUUUUUUUCCCCACCCAUGACAAAGAAAUUAAUAACUUGCACUGGUAGUGCAGUGAUUUCCAA